GCGCAGCACCACAGCAGACAGACUGAAAGAUGGCGGCUGGUUCUGGGGCUGCUGGAGCCCGCAGCUCCAACGCUGGUCUGGAAGGGUCUUUGGACCGACGGUUUCAAGGAGUUUCCAACACUAUGGAGUCAAUACAAGGACUUUCAAACUGGUGCAUUGAAAACAAAAAGCACCACAGCCUGGUCGUUCGCUACUGGAUGAAGUGGCUCAAGAAAUCUGACAACCCUCAUCGAUUGAAUCUCUUCUACGUUGCAAACGAUGUGAUACAGAACUGCAAGAGAAAGAAUGCUAUCGUGUUUCGUGCGUCCUUUGCAGAGGUCCUUCCCAACGCUGCUCAGUUCAUCAGAGAUCCGAAGGUCCGCAACUCAGUGGAGAGGAUUUUUGGGAUUUGGGAGGAGAGGAGCGUGUAUCCCAAGGAGGUCAUUGCCGGGUUUAAGGCUGGCAUAAACAAAAAGGAAAAGGAGAGAGAGAAGCAGAAGGAAAAAGAGAAAGAAAGGAAGAAGGAAAAGGAGAAGCAGAAAGAAAAGGAGAAAGAAAAAGAGACGCCCCCGGCAACUGCCCCAGCCAACACCAAAGCUGCCCUGAAGUCCAAGAUCUUAGCGGAGUUCACCCCCCAGUCCCUCAUCGAUCAGUUGUCGAAAUAUAAGCAGGUGGUUGCAGAAGAGGAGCUCAGGGAGAACCAGCUGACAGCUCUCAGGGUGGAUGUCUGCAGCACAGAGGCUCUCAAGAGACUGAAAGGUCAGAGGUCACUGGGCCCAUUUCUGCAUCAUCACACACUCAUUGUCCUUUGUACUGUAUGUAUUAGACCACAUACAGACUUGUCACUUGAUGUGUCCUCUUCAGGUCAAGUGCAGGAUUGAACACAACCCAGUAGAGGUG